AUGGGAGGUCUCAUUGUGCACGAAGGAGCUGCCGUGUACAGAGUGUUUAAGCGCUGGAGAGCGGUCAACUUGCACUGGGAUGUCUUAAAUUAUGACAAAGCUGCAGACAUCGAAGAAAGUAGCCGGGGCGAGUCUUCCACAAGAUGCAGGGGCCAAGGUCACAGCCAAGGCCCAAGCCUGCAUGGUUGGGGGCUGACACUGAGCCCCUGGGAGCCGAGGCAGGGCCUGCACUUCGUGGUGGUCACUGAACGGGAGUUUGAGGAGGUGCUGGGCAUCUCUGGGGGCGUCUAUAGCGCCCUUGACUAACUUCCCACCCUCUCUGGGACCCCAACUGCACGGUGGUGCAAUGGAGGCGUGAUCGCACUGGAGUCAGUGCACUUGAUUGACGCUGGGGAGAGACGCGCGCUAGAGCGCAGCAAGAACAUGGCCAGGCAGCUGCAGCGUUUCUGCUCACAGCUGAUCAAGUGACAGUACCCGGGGAUCAAGGUGACACGACUUCCCAGGGAAGACCCACUGAGCCCCCGAGAACUGAAGAAAUAUCGUCUAAUUACCAAGCAGGGUAUUCUUUGGGACCGAUUCAAUGCAUCACGGCUGCUGGCGGCCCUGCGGGCCUGGGGCCCCUUCUAGCCCCUGCCCACAAAGGCCAUGUCAGAGGCCAGCAGAGACGUGGCGCGCCUCCUACUGUCGCCCUCCGUACCAUCAUCCUCCAAGGCAGGGAGCCCCGACUGGCCGAGCCAGAGCAACCUGAGCCUGCUGGCCGCCAAGAGCCUGGAGUGGCGCGUGGUGGACACGCUGUGCACGUGCCCCUUUCCCGUCCCACACGCUGGCGAUGGCACGUGGCGCUCCCUCCACCUGGAAGCCUUGGGCAAUGAUGGCACGCAGGUGCAGAAGCAGCUGCUCUGGCACCCGCAGCGCCAGGCCCCGCAUCUGGCUGGCCUCAGUGUCAUGGGUCAGCUCUUUCUGGCGCCCCAGCUGUGGUCACCACUGGCUAGACAGGCCUGGGGCAAGAUCUGUCAAGGGUUAUAG